ACGAAUAAAAAAUACAACAAAAUAUCCUCAUGAGAAAUAUAAUUGAGAAAUUUAUAAAACAAGAAAAUGUACGAGAUAUUUUUAGAUUUUACAAAAUAAAGCACGAACGAAAGAAAAGUUUCGAAGAAGUUUUACGACCGAUUUACAUUUUAAGCAUUAUCUUUGGAUUGCGUGUUUUUGAAUUUCCUCAAAGCCAUUCAAGACCAAUACUUAGUUUCCUUUAUUCUAUGUCAUUUUAUUGUCUUCAUUUUGUCGGAUGGACUUAUCAAGAAGAACGAAUUUAUAACACUGGAAUGUUUGAUUUAGAUAGAACUAUAACCUACGUUUUAUCUAUCUCAGAGAAAAUGAUGAUAUUUAUUAUACUCAUAUUGGGAUUACAUAAGAGCGAGUCAUCAAAAUUAUUUGCCAAAAGAAUAAGCGAGAUUGACAAAACGCUUCAAGCGCUAGGUUCAUCAACGUCUUUCAACAGCAUUUACAAAAUGACGAUAAUGAGUAUAACGAUCGCAAUUCUUUAUUUGUUCCUUUUCUUCAUAACAAUUAUCAUAUGGAUGACAAUAUUAAAUAAUCCAAUUUAUAAAUCGUUCAUAUUAUAUUUAUCUCUAAUGUUGAAUAUAUAUACUUUUAUGGUCCAAUUUAUACUUUUAAUCGAAUUCUUUACUAUUAUAAGAUGCAUCGAAUCGGAAUUUCGCCGAGCAAAUGAUCUCCUUAGCGACGUCAAUGUUUUACCAAUUUCUUCUAUUGCUUCGGAAUUACUUGAACAUAAAAAAGCUGAUGGUUCAUUAUCUAUUGAAAGUUCUCUCCCAGUAGAUUCAAAAAAAUUAUUUAUCGGUCUAUCGUCAUUAUGUCGAUCAAAGUCACAAUUGCAAGUUGAGAGUUACAAAAUAAAUAAAAGCAGGAGGUUGUUACGGACGAUCAGACAGGUUCAUCUAGAAUUAUAUAGAGUAUCGAAAAGUUAUAGCAAUAUGUAUGGCAUACAGAUAUCCUUGGAAGUGGCAAUAUCUGUAUUGUUUAAUAUAUACGUAUUAUACGAUUUUUAUACAAAAUUGGAAAAAGAAACAGGAAACAUUAAUGAUCUGAUUCAUCAUUUAAUGGUAUUCAUAUUCUGUUGCUCACAGUAUACGUUGAAAAUCUUUAUCAUCAAUUACAUCUGUGACAAAACAACGGAAGAGGCUGAACGUACCAACGAAAUUAUUCACACAUUUUAUGGGCAAAAUACGGAUUUCGAGAUAAAAAAGGAGGUAGAAAUAUUCUCUUUGCAAAUGAUGCAAUGUCGUACUGUAUAUACCGCAUACGGUUUAUAUAAUCUUAAUUGUAAACACAUUUGUUCGGUAGGUGUAAUUGUUUACGUACAAUCAGACUAUAAACAAAAAAGAAUAAUAACAAACAUAAUAAUUUUUUUAUUCUUCAGUGUGUCGGUAUCAUAACAACAUACAUAGUUAUCAUGAUACAAGUUACCAAUUCAAUAGAAAAAGAAACAUAAAUCAUUGCGGUUAUCUUUCAUCUAGCGAAUAGUACAAACAAUAAAAAUUUACGAGUAAAUUCUUACAUGAAA